AUGUCUACCUCAAUUUUAAAAACCUAUUAUCAGCGAGGUGCCACCAUUUUAACACCUGGACAGAUUGAAGAAAUUAGAUAUCUCAAAAAUAAGCAAAAUGGAAACCACUUUUUCGAGGAGCUUAGGAAAGUACAAUCCAUCUCAUCAGUCCCUCCUUCAGAAAAUAUCCUCCAAGAAAAAGAAAACAAUUAUCCAAAUGUAGGAUCUUUAAAAUUGUUAGACGAGUCAAUUACAAGUGAAUUAUCUAGUUCGUCUAGGACCCCUUCAUUUUCUGAGUCUAUUGAGGCAGGAAAAGCAAAAAAGAAAAAGAAGUUAUCAAAACCCAAACCUAUUCAAAGUUCUGAUUUACCUGAGAUUUUAACCGAAGGCUCUUGCCAAAAUUCCUCACUAGACAUCUCAUAUGAUCUAAUUGCUUCAAUUGGAAAAAAUCAUAUCGAAGCAGAAGAAGCUAUACGUGAAUCAGAAAAAUGCCUAGCUCAUAACUCAUCUUUUAGCCCAUUAUAUUCAGCAAAAGUACUCUAA